AUGGCUUCAGGAUCGUUUUGGGACCGAAUAAACGGGUUUCCUGCAUUUCAAACAUCAUUACUAUGUAUCAUCCGUCUAGGUGAACCUAUGGUUUUCACGUCGAUAUUUGCAUACAUUUUCUUUAUGAUUCAGGAUUUCAAGAUCGCCAAGACACCUGCAGAAAUUGCAACAUAUGCCGGUUAUUUACUGGCAUCUUUUGCCAUCUUCCAGUUUUUGUUUUGCGUGCAAUAUGCACAAGCUUCGACCAAAUUUGGCAGAAAACCAGUAUUGUUAUUCGGUGUCUUGGGCACCGGUGUGUCAAGUUUAUUAUUUGGAUUUUCACAAAGCUUCACUAUGGCCAUGAUAGCCCGAUCAAUGAUGGGUGCAUUGAAUGGGAAUAUAGCUGUUUUAAGAGUAGCCAUAGGAGAAGUAGCAGUGGAGAAGAGACACGAGAGCUUAGCAUUCUCGAUGUUGGCCAUGACUUGGGGAGUAGGUUCAAUUAUUGGACCAUUAAUUGGAAGUAGUCGGUAUCUCACCAGACCCAAAGCUUUAAACAAUUUGAACAUCUUGGGUUAUGAUGCAUUCGUAGAGAAGUUUCCCUAUGCCUUGGCAAACAUUGUACUUGCAGGAUAUCUUUUCACCAGUUUUGUGCUUGGUUUAUUGUUCUUGGAAGAGACAUCGGUUGACCAUAAAAACAGAAGAGAUUAUGGUUUGGAAUUGGGAGAUAUUAUUUUGGGAAAACUUUUUGGAAAAAAGAUGCCAACUAGGCCAUGGACUGUUUUGGCUCAAGAGCAACAGUUGGGAAGUACAACUUAUUCCGAAGCAAGCGAGGAUGAGAGGAACCCGUUGAUUCCAUCAAAUCAAGUAUAUUCAGCGGUUGAAGACCAAGAUCGCGAAGGAGAAGAAGAAGAAGAUGAAGAAGAAGUUGAUGAAUAUAAUGACCCUCCUCUUGUGUCUCUGAGAUUUGGCGAGGCAGCUCGUCGUAGAUACUCAUCUGAGCAAUUGGGACCCGUUCUUUCAAAUGAUGCAAAGUCAUUUAUCUCCACCAACCUCAAACAAUCUUUUACUAAGGAGGUCCUUACUUUCCCCGUGAUCCAAACAGUGACAUCGAACUUUCUUCUUUGCUUUCAUGCAAUCCUUUAUUCUGAGUUUUAUCCCGUUUUGCUUGCAAGUCCCUAUCUUGCUGAACAGUUGAAAUUCCCAUUUGUUUUGACGGGAGGGUUUGAAUGGAAUACACAGGAUAUAGGUCAUUUGCUUUCAACUACAGGGAUAAUGGGUACUUUAACUGUGUUGAUCGUGUUCCCCAUUUUGGACCACCAUUUGAAAUCGAUUACAAUACUAAGAAUCUCGUUUGUGUUGGUCCCAUUGGCAUACUUUGUUAUCCCAUACAUCUUGUUUGCCACUAAAUAUGCCACUGUGUCACUCUAUGCGGCCAGUUUGAUACAAACAAUACUGGUUUCUAUAAGCUUUGCAUCCUUGAUGAUUCUCAUACAUAGAGCAUCGCCAAAAAAGCAUAGACCUUUGAUUAAUGGAGCUAAUUUAAGUUUGAAUUCGCUCGCGAGAGGAAUUAGCCCGCUUUUGUUUGGCCAUUUCAUGACCUGGUGUGAUGAAAGAAAAGCAGGAGAGGUGCCUUGGAUAGUUUUAUCUAUAAUUGCACUUUUGUGUUUGAUACAAUCCUUUACUAUGAAAGACUAUGGCGAAGAUGAAGAUGAAGAUGGACAAGAAAGAGGAGACGGCGUGAUAGAAGCAUAA